GGUUGUCCCAGUUUUCGUAAACGUCGCCCAUCAUUGGCACCAUUAUUGGAAGCUACUGGUGCUACAAGUGUUAUUGCUACACAAUCAGGCAUAUCUAAUCAUAUCAAUAGGGCCAAAGAUCACAAAAAUAAUAAUGGAAGAAUAAAUAGUAGUAAUAUGAAAUUUCGAUCACCGAUAGUAGCACCAUCAACACUAUCAUCAUCACUGAUUAAAACAACAGCAGCAAUAGGAAUUAUGCAAGAAGACGAAUAUGAAAGUGAUGAUUCAUUAGUUGUGUAA